CAGAGCAGCGGAGGGUGAGCAGGAUAGUGGAUGUCGCUCACUCCCCGGCAGUGACGACUAACACAGUGACGAGUGCGAGUGAUGUCCCCACGACCAGCCAGCCCAGGCAUGGACUCUGUGUGUGGGCGUGAGUCCUCGGUAUCGCCGCCUACGGUGGUGGCGCCCGUGGCCGUCAAACCUCCGCCUUUGAGCGACGCCCACGCGGUGGCUGUACCCACAGACCAGCAGCGCCUGCUGUACCAGCUGGCCCUGGCCGAGCGGCUGCGUCUGGCCUCGGCUGGUCUGGCCUGGGCUAGACCUCCGCUCUCAAUCCACCACCACCAUCUUCAGGAGGCCGGUAUGGGCGGCAACUUUAUGGGAGGGUUGGGCAUGCCAAUGAUGGGCGGCCUGGGGUCUAUGGCGCUCGGGGGAGGUUUGAUGGGUGGGGCAUCCACUCAGAUGCCCCCAGCCUCAUACCCCCCGCCCCAUCCCCUCUACGGCUACAGGCUCCUAGACCCCAGGAUGCUGCUGCCCCGGGGACCAGAGGAGCCCAAGCCCCAACACUCCUACAUCGGCCUCAUCGCCAUGGCCAUCCUCAGCAGCCCCGACAAGAAGUUGAUCCUGAGCGACAUCUACCAGUACAUCUUGGACCACUACCCGUACUUCAGGUCUCGGGGCACAGGCUGGCGCAACUCCAUCCGUCACAACCUCUCCCUCAACGACUGCUUCAUGAAGUCAGGUCGUUCAGCCAACGGGAAGGGCCACUACUGGGCCAUCCAUCCUGCUAACAUCGACGACUUCCGGCGAGGAGACUUCCGCCGACGGCGAGCUCAGCGCCGCGUCAGGAAGCACCUGGGAUUGGCCGUCGACGACGACUCCGAACCCGAAACCCUGUCGCCCCCACCUCCAGCUCUACCUUCCUCCAACGAUACACCCACCCUCGAGCUUCCCGCCCAAGAUACCUCCGCCCCGCCCGUCACUUCUCGCACGCCCAACAUGGACGCAAGUCUCCGUCUUACGAGACCAAAACGCCAGUUCGACGUCCUAAGUUUAUUAGCGCCCGACCGUCCGCUGCCACACCACGACGAUGACGACGGCGACGGUCUGGUGGACGACCACUGUAUGGAGAUCAGCAGUGCUCAUAUAGGCGGCCACCGUCACCAGGUGAGUCAAGAGCACCAUCUGCACCUCGGCGACGACCUUCGCUUAAAGGUAACAGACGAGCACCGCCUUCAGAUGGGCGAAGACACACGGUCAAAGGUUACUGAAAACCAUCUGCAGCAGGUGAUCAAGGAGGAGCACCUGCAAGUGGGUGAGGACCAGCCCCUCCAGAUAGGCAGUUCUCAGCUCCAGCUGGGUGAGCAUCACCCACGACCCCGCCCGACACCACACCUCCAGGUGAGCACCGACCAACACCUGUUGAGUGAGGCCAACCACCAUUUACAGGUCAGCAAGAGUCAUCUCCUACAAGUAGCGAAAGAUCACCACAUCCUGCAUGACCUCGAGGACCACUGCCACAAAGAGAGACAGAGACUGCAGGUCGGGGAGGACCAUGGGAGCCCCUCUUGCGUCAUCAAGAGUGAGGUUACCCAGCCAGAGGGACGUUCAGAAGAAGGUCAUAGCGGUGUGGGCGGCCAACCGUCAUCCCCUGGGUGUUGGGCGGCAGGAGGGUGGCCUCGGGCCGCCCCAACCACCACCCUCCACACACCAUACAUCACCAGCGACAGCUCCGUGGACGCUCUCUCAUCAAAAGCUCCUCAUUUCAACAUGUCCCCAACAACCACCGGCCAGCAGCGACCUGUCGUCCCGCUCUCCAUCACCCCGAGUACGACCCAGCCCGCCCAUGUCCUCACUACCGUCUCGACGCCCUACCCAACCCACGCCCACACUUCUACUUCAACACACGCCACCCAUAUCAGUCUCUCGGUGCCACUACCCAAGGCACUAGACUCCGGCCAGUAGAUCCCACACGACGUGGCACUGUUAACUAUGUCAUUAAAACUUCAUGUAAACUGCCUGUUACCUGUGUCAACAGUAUUACACUUGUCUUGCUCUCUCAAAGUAAAGUAGAACCUUUUAAA